AGCGACGAGCACGAUCGCUCGGCGGACUGCAAUAAUACGGGCUAUGCGACGACACGCUUCACGGACGGUCUCGAGCGAUUAGGCGCUGAAGUGCGACACACCACAUUGUACGUAUAUGUGGUACCGCUUUCAACAUGGCGGUGCGGUUGGUGCAUUCGGCCCGUGCGUUUCUCCGCUCAUCAUGACUACGUCGCGUCGCUCUGGCUGCCUGCGAUCUCGUCGUGUCCACGAUUUCAUGGUACUUGCAAGCCCGCAAACACGAUCACGUCCGUGAUCGACCUGCACCCGUCCGUCCGUCCGCGCCGCGGCCGAACGAGGUUACAACGCCGAGAGAGAAAGAGAGAGAGAGAGAGAGAGGGGGGGAAAGAGAGGAAGAAACGUGUCUUGGAACGAGGAACGAGCCGAGACUAGCGAGCGAGCGAGCGAACAACGCACAGUCGAUGGCGACGACUGCUGCCGCCGCUGUUGCUGCUGUUGAUUCAUCUGGCUUUGUACGACCGCGUUCAGCUUGUGAGCAGCUCAUUGAAGACGCUUCUUGGUGAAUGUACCAGCCCGUUUAUUAGCCAUUUAACUACAUUUUGAACACUACAUUCGUAAUAUAACAAAUCAUCAAAAACGGGAAAAUUUAUACUUCAACUUUUCACACGAAUGAAACAAUAGUUUGUUAAAUUAAACGCGUCUAAAGAUAAUUAGGCACUUGCAUGAAACAAGAAUAAGGAAGUAGGUAGAUCAAUUACAACAAAGCAACAAUUUAUUACUGGACUUGUCUUCGUCCUACAAGUAGCAAACUUGUACACAAAAAUCUAUUUCUAUGAAGGAAAUAUUGCCAGGUAGCUCUGCAGAGUUUUUAUUAGCUACAAAGAAAUUUAACUGAUACCAUAUAUAGUGUAAUAACAAUUAGCAAUAUCUGAAAUCAAAAUCAAGUGAGGAGGAGGCGGCGAAUGCGUCAAAAGUCCACAUCAGCACUCGAAGCUGGAUCUUUCCUGCCUCUCUGCUUUAUCAUUGCUGACUAAUCGAAGUCGACUCUUCCUCGUGGGCAGAAGUAGCUUCUCCACAGUAGAGCUCAGCAUUAAUAGCCAUCGUUAGUUAUUAGUAAAGCUAUUAGUUUUUGAUUUUUAUCCGAUUCGACGUAUUCCCGGGCGUGUUAUGAUGUGAUAGUGGAUCUGUUUAUCAAUCUCGAUAUAGCCCACCGAAGCUCUAUUAGGUGAUUAAAUAGGUGAAAUAGGCAGUUUAAGACGAGGGAGAGAGAAAGAGAAGACGCUGAAAAUAGCUCCGAUAUAGCUUGUAAGAAACUUGUAUAGCACGAAACAUUGUUCAAGUUGUUUGUACGUUGCCAAUAUACGCUCGUUUUCCCUUUAUUUGAGAUAAGUGGUCGCACGCAGAGUUGUUCUUACGUUUCGCUUACGGAAGUACUUCCUGUUCAACAAUACUCAUUGUUCCUUGCAAGUUGCCUGAAUACUGUAGGAACUGUUGAAUAAGCUUUUUUAAUAAUGGCCGAAACGCAAAGAAUGACGGUAUACGGGAGGCAUCCUCCGUGCGCGAACGGCAGCAGGCUGGAGGAACGUCGCAGCAAGAGACUGGCGUUACGGCACGAGAGAAAUCGGAAACCGGACAAACCGGACGACUUCGUCUGUUACGAGUCGAGCGACGACGAAGCGGAGACCGUGACCGAGGGCAAACAGUUCCUAAGAACUUCGUUCAACUUUGUGGACUAUGUGCGCGCCCGUGAGACGAAUACGCGUGAAGUACGGAAGAUCAACCAGGAAUACGGCUCUCGGCACAUACUGACGCACGACCUCUUCAAGGAAUACUCGGUCAGCCUGAACAACAUGAACAAAGUAUUCUGCUCGCAGUGGUUGAGUGAUAGACAGGUGGUGUUCGGCACCAAGUGCAACAAGCUCAUGGUGUACGAUGUGGCGACGCAAAAGCUCGACCAGAUCCCAUCGCUUCAUGGGAGACUCAGUCAAGGUGGCAGCGUCGUUCCGGAGCAACAGUGUGGCAUCCACUCCGUUCAAAUCAAUCCCUCGAGAACCCUUUUGUCCACCGGUGCGAGAAGUAGUAACGAAAUAGCAAUAUACAGACUACCGACGUUGGAUCCAGUUUGCGUCGGCGAAACUGGCCACAGGGACUGGGUGUUCGACAUGUGUUGGUUGGACGAUGAGUUUCUGGUGUCGGGUUCCAGAGACACGAAGAUGGCUCUGUGGCGUAUCGACAGUGACCUGGCUGAAGCCCCCGACAAAGCGGAUGUACCUACGCAUAGGUUGAUUCAGCCGGUCUGCGUGAAGGAGUGCAAAUCCGCUCAGAAAGUGCGAGCUUUGGCAUUUAACAAGGCGUACAAAGAGAUCGCGGCAUUGACGCUCAAUAGUUACAUACAUAUCUGGUCGGCCGAGUCGUUUAAACAGAAGAUAUCCAGAAAACUGCCAGCCUGUCAGGAGAAUGUUUGUCUCGCCGUGCAGGACGAUGGUGUUUACGCGAUAGGAUGUCGAUCGUAUACUCUCCUCUUGGACGCCCGUACUUUGCAACCGAUCAAGAAAAUACCGUCAAGAUACAGCGGCUGCGGCAUCCGGUCCGCUAGUUUCCAAGGAUCCGUUUUAACCAUCGGCACCGGGCUGGGAAUGCUCAUGUUCUACGACGUGAGGGCCCAGAAGUAUCUGGAGUCUUCUAUCAACUCCAACCGCACCGUUGUGCUGAAAGCUUCAAAAGGAUACGUGUUUCCGGACGAGGAAUACAUCGAUGGUUUCCAAAACGUAAAAUACACCCCUGCUAUUUACACACACUGUUACGACGCAUCGGGUACCCGAUUAUUCACCGCAGGCGGUCCAUUGCCCGCGAAUCUCUACGGUAACUACGCAGGAUUAUGGCAAUGAAGGUUUACUACUAAACGAAAUAGUAUGAUAAUUGCUAAAUUAAAUUUAUUAUCGUAUAAGCUGUAUGUCGUGAAAUGCUUGAGUGUAUUAUCCAAGAAUUUGUCUUGGAUACUACCAGUAUGUAUUUAAUAUUUCUUAUUAAUUUAACAGACAUAUAUAUAUCUCAUACAUAUAUAUAUAUAUAUACAUAUAUAUAUAUAUAUAUAUAUAUUCUCGAAUGGAAGGAGCAAAGAGUACGAUAGAUUUCUCAAAGACACGCUUUCGCGCCAUACGACUCUUGUUAUUUGCGUUUUUUCUUCUUUUUUUAUGUUUUUUCAACGUUUAUGGUUAAACGUAAUUCAUUUUACGCACCUACUGUUCAGUACGAAACAAUUCAUGACGUAAUAUGAAUAAAUUAUAACUUUCAGUUAUCGGAUAUUUUCAUCCUUAGAAAAGAAGAUAAUUUUAUUGCCCUCUUGAGUUUUUUUGACGGACAAUUCGAUCGAAAAGUCACAGCGCGAUUGCACGUUGUUCUUUUAGUGUCACGUGACCGUGAUAAUUCGGCAUUUCACUGAGGUCCACUUAAAAAAAUACUUUUAUCUGUACGUAACGUAUGAUUAAGCGAGACGAUUCAGUUUUCUACAAGAGAAAAAGCAUGCUACGGAAUCACUGUUUACUGUGUUCUUACCAGCGACUUUGUUAAACAAAUAUCGAAGACUCAAUGUUUUUUAUUUGAAAAUUAUAAUAAUUUAUUGAUAAUUGAAUGUUGGAAUGUAUGCUGUGCUUCAAAUUAUCGCAAAGAAAGUGGAAUGCCGAAUUUUGAAUCUUUCGCUACGACAAGCCACGAACAGUCGAGUCAUCCAAUAAACGAGUCUUCAGCUCGCUGUUAAAGUAUUAUAUUGUUGCACAGAGGGACGCUGUUAAUCUGUCUGUCACCGUAACGAUAGUUCGUCUGUCAUUUUGUUGCACGGUGAUACAACAAAUACAGACUUUGUCCGCAACAAAGUGCACACAUCCAUGUAGCGACAUCGUUUUUUGACUGACUCUGUCACGGCGAAAGGAUCGAGCAGGAAAGAAGUAUAUAUCAAGUGCACACUGGUGAUAUAGAAAAAAGAAGAGUCACGACCGAUAUAAUGUGCGCAAAAAAAAAUAGAUCGAAAUUGUCUACAUAUGUAACUGUCUAUGUACGAAUUCGUUUGAACUUAAAGUUUUUUGUCGCUCUGUGUUUAACUGUUUAGUUCUCGUCAAACCAAGGAACGAACUAGAUAGAAAAAGGACCGAUGAAAUGUAAUAUUAUCAUCUCGGCAUUAUUCGUGUUGUUCCGUUGGAAGAAAUUUCAUAGAUUAAAAGAGAAUCAUCCAAAUUUCAUUGUACAUUUUUCAUUCAUUUGUAAAAUGGUUGCACAUAGUGUGUGACCGAAUAUUUGUUUGCUAUCGUCUGAUGUUUCAUCGCGGCCCGGUCUUUCCUACCUAGUCCGUAUCCGGUAAAGGUAAAUAUUAGACGAUGUAUAAAACUUUUAUGUUGUUAAAUAAGCGAAAUUGUGAUUCAUUAUUUCUAUAUGCGAGUAUAAUGCAUAUUGUGUAUUGUAUGCGUUGUUACAGCCGUCGAAGUGUUACUUGUAACUAAAUUGGCCGAGAUAUGCUAAUGAUAAUGCAUAUAUCUCGACAACUUAUUUUUUGCACAAUUUAAUUAUUUAACACUUAAAAUAAAUAAAUCAUGCGCGCGAGUAAAUCUCUCGGAGAAUAAUGCUAAUUAGAUUGACUAUAAACAGACAACAAAAUUUCUACCCGCCGCGUUAUUAUGAGAGUUAUUUCAAUUUACAUAUUCGUGAGACGUAUGUCUAUGAAUUUAUAAAACGGUACAAAUGGAACAUUUGGGAAAGAUGUUUAUCAACGAACUAUAGCAAUGAAUAUUAAGUUUCGCAAAAUACAAUCUAUCGAGUUGAUGUUGCAACACCGGCCUCGAAACAACAAACAUGCAAUGAACUUUUAGUGCAUAAACUUACCUUAGCAUAAUAGUAUCAAUAAAAUUUUUAACUACA